AUGGCGGCAUUACAAUCCAUCAUUCUUUUCAUUUGUCUCUGCGUUCAAGGUAUUUUCUCUCAAGAAAUUGUCAAUGGACAAAUUUAUACUCCCGGUAUCGCGAUAGUCGAUGCGCCGCAACCAAAUACACCACUUGGAGGGGAUUUCCUACAAGUUGCUCUAGAUGUCUCCUCAGAUGGACAGCUUCAACUUCCACCCUAUCCGAAGAACGCUGUCUCGGAGAUCUAUAAUAUCACCAUGUUUCUCUCCAGUUAUACUACAGGAAAAAACCUCACAAUCUCAAAUGGAACCGCGACAGCCGGAAAUGCGAGCUUAGGCGAGAUCAUGGCUCAAGAAUCAAGUAGCACAGUCAAACAUGUAAAUUGGGUUUGGCCUGAUUGUCUUGUCGGUGAUGGCACAUCGGAUAAAAACACUGCAAGAGGGGCAUAUAAUAUUUCCAUCCGUCAAAAUUUCCGAUUGAACGGAACUGAUCAGUACACAAUUUUCGACCUACCAAUUCAAGUCACCAACUCUAUACCUGAGCAAAGUGAUAGACCAUCUUGUGAUUCUAUCAAUAAUGAUUUGAUUCCUUGGGCAACAUUAAACGCGUCGGCAAAUGGUUUUACUCGUAUUGCAGGAACGGCCAUACAAACUACUGCCUCUUCACAGGAUGGAAUUGGGGCCGGAACCUCUAUCGAUUGGAGAGCUGGUACGGGAAAGAUGCCAAUGCAUAACGGAUGGCUUCCACGCGAAGGUUUCCGAAGCGAUUCCCUCGGUAGCCUUAUCAAGAAAACGGCAUUAAAUCCCGCCUUUACAUUAGUCUUCCUCAUUCUAGCUCGUUACACUAAACGGGGAAAUGAUCUUUCGAUUCUUCAUGAAACGGCUUUCUCUCGAAUUCGAAAACUCUUCUACUUUGGGGUUGUCAGAUUAGUGUCGAACUAUUUGGAAAGAGGCGUGCAGAAUAAUUGGGUAGAUGAUGUAUAUGAUUGGAAGAAAGAAAUUGUACUGAUCACUGGUGGUGCGGGAGGGAUCGGUGGUCAAGUAGUAAAGCUUUUAGCAGAGAAGGAUAUCACGGUUGUCGUAUUAGAUGUGAUUCCUAUGACUUUCGAGACGACACCAAAUGUGCAUUACUACAAAUGCGACAUCACCUCCCCAUCGACCAUCGCUACAACCGCAUCUCGCAUCCGCUCCGAAGUCGGUAAUCCCACCAUCCUCAUCAACAACGCGGGCGUCGCGCGCGGAAAAAGCAUCCUCGAUUCCACAGAGAAAGAUAUCCGAUUUACCUUCGACGUCAACACGCUCUCGCACUAUUUCACCACCAAGGAAUUUCUCCCCUCCAUGAUCGACCAAAACCACGGCAUGGUCGUCACAAUCGCCAGUCUCGCAGCCUAUCUCCCCGUCCCAAACAUGACCGACUAUGCCUCAUCCAAAGCCGCCGCCCUAUCUUUCCACGAAGGACUAACCGCCGAACUCCUCACCAAAUACAACGCGCCAAAAGUCAGAACGAUAGUGAUUAACCAGGGAUACACGAAAACGGCGCUGUUUCAAGGAUAUAAAAAUGAUGCGACGUUUUUGCUUCCGACGCUGGAGGUUGACACGGUGGCCGAGGAGAUUGUGAAGAAGAUUUUGAAGGGGAAGAGUGGGCAGGGAAUUUAUCCUGGGUUUGGGGUUACUCUCACGUGGUUGAGAGCGAUGCCGGGGUGGUACCAGAAUAGAGUGAGGACGAAGGGUCAGGAUAUCAUGACGAAUUGGAAUGGGAGACAGGUGGUGGAUGUGGAUGAGUUUUAUGGGGAGAAGGAGAAGGAUGGGAAGGGAAAGGCAAAGGGGCUUGAGGAGGAAAGCGGAUCGACGGUGUUGGUUAAUCCUUGA